CAGUUUGAGCUCCUCACGUCACAUGUUGACUGCAACAUGGCUGCCACCAUAGAGUGUGGAGCUGGUUCAGAAAACAACAUGUCCUUACAGAAAGCUGUGUGUGCAGCGUCUCCCCUCUCUCUGAGAAUAGUUGCUGAAUGUCCAGUAACUAAAGCAAGAGCUUGUGACUUAAUACUGCCACACUGUGCGGUCAGUACCCCUGUUUUCAUGCCUGUCGGUACCCAGGGGACUCUGAAGGGAAUCACUGUGGAUCAGCUGGAGGGUCUGGGAUGUCAGAUUUGUCUUGGAAACACUUACCAUCUAGGAAUGAGACCGGGACCCGAGUUAAUCGAAAAAGCGAAUGGCUUGCAUGGGUUUAUGAACUGGAAGAGGAAUCUUUUAACUGACAGCGGGGGGUUUCAGAUGGUGUCCCUUGUUGAACUCUCAGAAGUCACUGAGGAAGGGGUCAAGUUUAAGUCCCCCUACGAUGGCAAAGAGAUCCUCCUAAGUCCUGAGAAAUCCAUCAGCAUACAGAACAGUCUAGGGUCUGACAUCAUGAUGCAGCUGGAUGAUGUGGUCAGUAGUACUGUGACAGGACCUCGGGUGGAGGAAGCUAUGCACAGAUCAAUUCGCUGGCUUGACCGCUGCAUAGCAGCCAAUAAAAAUCCAGACAAACAGAAUCUGUUUGCCAUCAUCCAGGGAGGACUAAAUGCAGAGCUGCGCAAAGCCUGUCUAGAUGAGAUGACUAAACGCGAUGUUCCUGGUUUUGCGAUCGGCGGCCUGAGUGGAGGAGAGGAGAAAGAUGACUUCUGGCGGAUGGUCACACUAAGCACUGACCACCUACCUCGUGAAAAGCCUCGCUACCUCAUGGGUGUGGGGUAUGCCGUGGACUUGGUGGUGUGUGUAGCUCUGGGAUGUGAUAUGUUUGACUGCGUAUUUCCUACCCGCACUGCAAGGUUUGGCUCUGCCUUGGUGCCUUGGGGAUCCCUCCAGGUAAAACAAAAGCAGUAUGCAAAGGACUUGGGGCCAAUAGACCCAGACUGCCAGUGUCCCACCUGCAAGAGACACAGUCGGGCUUACCUUCAUGCUCUUUUUAAGAGUGACACCGCAGCCAUGCAUCACAUCACCAUCCACAACAUCGCCUACCAGCUCAACCUGAUGCGCUCUGUGAGACAGAGCAUUGUGGAGGGUCGUUUCCCUGACUUUAUACGGGCUUUCAUGAAGCGGAUGUUUCCCUCUCGGGACCAGUACCCCGGCUGGGCUGUGGAUGCUCUCGCCUCCGUCAACAUUACUUUGGAAUAGAGCCAGGAAGGCAAAUGUCUGCUCUAAAUGGAGAUCAUGUCACAGACUGGAAGAUUUUAAAUAUUU